GCUCGCUUUGCCUCUCCGAAACCUCAGGUACGGUCUCAGGCUUGGAACAAUCCCUCCCUCUCUCUCCCUCUCUCUCUCGCUCAAAUAGCAGAAGCAACACGAGCAGCCACGAAGCUCGGCAUUCACCAGCAAAAGUCAAAACCUAAUCGGACGAGAAAUCGAAUCUCUUUGACGUCGAUGAUGGCGACUCUUGAGCUGAUCCCGCCGCCGCCUCUCUUCUUCUUCUUGUUCGCAGUCGCCGGAGCUCGGGCCGCCACCGCCGGCGGCGGAGGGGAGGGCUUGGGGCUUUGUCCGGCGGGAGUGGAGUGGCGGGGAUGGGGAGUAGGGUUCCGGUGGAGCACUACGAUCUGAGGGCGGCCGGUUCCUUCGUCGGCGCUUCUUCGCUCCACGACCUCAACACCGUCGACGACAUCGGCGGCGUCAGCCGGGACGCGGUGACCGAGGACAGCUUGGACAACGACGACGAUUCCGCUGCCGUCGAAUGUAUACAUGAUUCGUACCGGGCUUCUCUGCCAAUUCAUGGUGUUGGAGCUGAAGAAGAUCGCUCGAGCCUCGAGGAAGUCGGUCCGUCGAGGAGUUCCUACGACGUCUUGACCAUCGAUGAUGUUUCACCUAUUGAAUCCUCGAGGGCGAGAUUUCUGCAAAUUGUUGUGGAUCAUUUCAUUACUGAUCAUGUGGUCCAAGUAUCUGAUCCUGAGCCUGAUUUCUCUCCUCAAUCUGGGCAAGGCCAGCUGAACAAAAGGAAGUCAAGAGAAGUCCAAUUUGAGGGUGAUGCGAGAUUUGCAUUGCCUCUAAUGUACGUGGCGAAUAUGUACGAGACUUUAGUUAGCGAUGUAAAUGUAAGGCUCACUUCGUUGAAUGGUAUCCGUGAGAAGACUAUUGGAGUAGCUCUUGAAGCGGCUGGUGGUUUAUACAGGAGGCUGGCUAAAAAAUUUCCUAAAAAAGGUCCUUGCACAUUUAGGAGAAGAGAGUUGGCUACUUCCGUUGAAACAAGAACAAGAUUUCCUGAAUUAGUGAUACAGGAAGAGAAGCGAGUUCGCUUUGUAGUAGUUAAUGGUUUGGACAUUGUCGAGAAACCAGAUAGUAUGUCAAUUGAUGAUGCUGAAUGGUUUAAACGAUUGACUGGUCGAAAUGAGGUUGCUAUUUCUCCUCGUGACUAUAAGUUCUAUUCACCAAGACACAAGUAUAGGCGCAUUGCGUCCAGUUCCGUGUCUAAUAUCACUACUCUGCCUCCAUAUCAUGGAAGAGAUUCUUCAGCCAUGUCCCCUGCCGAAGAAGGGUAUCGGUCCAUCAGUGAACCACAGAGUCAGCAGUCGCCUUCGAAGCAUGAUAUGCAGCCAAUGUCACAUCAGCCCCAGUUUCACCCUAUUCACCAGAGCCAUCAUCAACCAAUUCACCAGAGUCAACAUGCAUCUCAUUUUCCUUCCACCCAUCAUUGUGGUUCAUCUUCUAAUAUGCCUGAUUUAGCCCAUUCUCAUCAUUCGUCACCUAUAUCACAACACAUGGCUUGCUUACAACCCCUCAGUGGAGGCCAUGUAGGAGGGCGCUUGCACAUGAUGGCACCUGCCCCUGCAAAAUUCUGUGAUGAAUGUGGGGCCGCAUAUUUGAGAGAAACCUCAAAAUUUUGCUCGGAGUGCGGUGCUAAGAGAUUGGGAACAUAACACCAACAUCAUGUCCUCCCUGGCCCUGAAUUGGAGAAACUUUGUCCUCUCUCGUGUAUCCACAGACAAAAUAUGCGGCGGGAGAAUUGGACGGGUGAUCUGGCUUUGGCCAUGCUUGAAGGCUGUAAAUGCAGCAGAUAUGUACACGUUUGCAAUGUUUCGGAGAGGGCAGAAAAUGGCUUUUGUUGUAUGUUGGUCUUGUGGGGGUUGUAUUUAUCAAACAGGGAAAAGGCAUAGAUACCGCGAAGUUCGUCCUUACGAGCUUCUUGCAAGAUGUACUGGUUGUAAAAAAAUAGAUUGUAGGACAAUUAGCGAUCGUUGUCCGUUCUCCGAGUAAGAAGAGUAGCUCAUAAAUUCGAGUUAUAAAUGGGAAAUGUAGGUGAUUGAGUA